AUGUCAUCAGCAAUCGCUGAUCCAAUAAAAUCCGAAGUAAUAUCAGAAAUUCAUACCAAAAAUGAAACUGAUAAAUUUCAUAAAUCACGAGAUGAUUUUCCAGUUAUUAAAUUCGAUAUAGCAACCGACUACACAUAUAAACAUGAUAUUAUCUGGACAUAUGCAAUAGGAUUUUUAAUUCUACAUGUUUUUGGUUUAUGGGGAUUUAUGCUUCUUAUAACAGGGAAAGUAUAUUUUAAAAGUUUUCUAUGGGCGCUUUUUGUGGCCUAUUUCGGGUCAGAAGGAGUGACGAUCGGAGCACAUCGACUGUUUUCCCACAAAUCAUUCAAGGCUAAGCCCAUCCUUAAAGGUUGCUUGAUUUUAAUGCAGACUAUUGCUGGACAAAAAUCAGUAAUUACUUGGUGUCGGGACCACCGACUUCACCAUCGCUACACUGACACUGACGGAGAUCCUCACAACUCUAAAAGAGGUUUCUUUUUCUGUCACUUGGGAUGGUUGAUGACUAAAAAACAUCUAUAUGUUACAACACUAGAGAGAAAACUUGACAUGACCGAUUUACAAGCUGACUGGAUGAUAAUGUUUCAAAAAAAAUACUUCUUACAACUUUACUUUUUUAUCGCAUUUCUUAUACCCGUUUGGGUUCCGGUGGUUUAUUUUAACGAGUCGUGGCUAAACUCGAUUCUUUGCUGUUAUUUCUUUCGAUAUAUGGUUUCACUAAAUGGCACAUUGCUUGCUAACAGCGCGGCUCAUCUUUAUGGAACCAGACCGUAUGAUAAGAAUCUGCAGCCAGUAGAGUCAUGGUUCGUGUCUUUUAUAAGCCUUGGCGAGGGCUGGCACAACUACCACCACGCGUUCCCUUGGGACUACAAGGCUGCGGAACUAACCAUGCACUUCAACCUGUCAGCCACCUUCAUAAGAUUUUUUGAAAAGAUCGGUUGGGCAUACGACUUGAAAAGUGUUUCACCAGAUAUGGUUAUAAAUAGAAUCAUUAAAACUGGUGAUGGUACCCACUACGAACUUGGUGACGAAGAUUCGAAGAAAGCUGUUACGGCAAAUGGAAUCUUACAUCCAUUAAAUCCAAGUUACAACGUCACAUACAAGGCUCCCGAUAUAACGCUCAAAGCAGAAGGAUUGCCACUCUACCACGAGAAGGAUAUUCUCAAUCAACACAAUUAA